ACACCUUUAUUAUCUGUACUAACCGACUUUACGUUUGUGCGAACUUAAUUGCAAAGACCUUGUGUGUUUGGCUAUGAAGAAGGAUAACGCUGCUUAGCUAGCUGGGUCACUUGCUAGAAAGCUACGCGAUAGCAUAGCUAACCUCAUUCUGCAAUACAACCUCGAGACAAGUCGGGACAAGACCAGUCUCAGGGCUCACCAUACUCAAUGAGCGGACAGCGCAAUGUCAGAGCGCUCUGGGCAAACUGCAAAGGGGAAGGAAGGCAAAACCAAGUAUGCGUCUCUCAACCUGUUUGAUACAUACAAAGGAAAGAGCCUUGAAACACAAAAGCCCGUUGUUCCCCCCCGCCAUGGCCUGCAGUCUCUUGGUAAAGUUGCCUCCGCACGGCGUAUGCCACCCCCUGCCAACCUGCCCAGUCUGAAGGCAGAGAACAAAGGCAACGAUCCCAACGUCUCGCUCGUUCCUAAAGACGGCACAGGAUGGGCAAGCAAACAGGAACAAGCAGACCCAAAGAGUACCGAUGCAUCAUCAGCACCGCAGCCGGAAUCGCAGCAGCCUGUGGCUACAACGACACCUGCACCGACCCGCUCGAGAACCCCGCCAGCUUCAGAGGCUCCGGCCCCAGUUUCAACCCAGGCCGUAGGGGCAAGGUCCUGGGCACAGGCCAGUGUUACACAUGGAACACAAGGGGAUGGUGGAAAGGGAUCAAACCUACCGUCGCCAUUCUCUCGCGAGGAAUUUCCCACCCUGCAGGCGGCUGGCGACCAGGACAAAGCUGGCAGAGAACAGGGCACUGCAGAUCAGUGGUAUGGGCCAGGACCAAGCCUCCGCCCCCAGAACGUCACAAGUUGGCGGGACGGUGGGGGCCGAGCCCUGGCGCCCACCCUGCCUGGGGAGGGGGCAGCAGAGGGUGGCACUGUUGGAGUUCUGGUGAUGGAUGGGGCAGCUGGGGCCCCCCCUCCGAACUCUCAGUCCCACGGGCCACCUAGAAACCCUCCUGCAGGCAGCCCUGCCUUGCCCGGGCCCCAGCCUCCUGUGGGGCCUGGGUUCCCCCAAUACCGAGGGAUCAUGCCUCCCUUCAUGUAUCCUCCCUACCUGCCCUUCCCAGCCCCUUAUGGCCCUCAGGGGCCAUACAGGUACCCUGCACCUGGGGAAGGACCAGCUCCAAGGUUCUCCCGUGGCCAGGGGGGGCCUGACAGCAGGCCUCAGGGUGGCCCACGUGACACAGGUGGAGAGGUGGUGAAGCGUCCCUCCAUCCUAAAGCAGGAUGAUCUGAAGGAGCUUGACGAGCUGGACCACGAUGGAGACGAGGGCUGGGCAGGUGCUCAUGAGGAGAUUGAUUACUCCGCCAAGUUGAAGUUCAGUGAUGAUGAAGGGGAGGAGGAAGGGGAAGAAGAGAGAUCCGAGAGCAACAAUAAUACAUGUGAGCAGCAGAGGUCCCAGGAUGCCCCCCCUGCAUCCUCUCGCUCUCGAGCCUCAGACAGUGGUGGAGACACCCGUCGCACCCCUCCCACUAAUGCUGACAAUGGCCCCCAACCCCCCUCCAGCAAGCCAGGAUGGGCCGAGGAGGGAGGCAGUGGCUGGGGGGGUCAAGGAGCAUCAUCCAAUAUCCAGGGGCGCAGACCUGGAUUGGGUUGUCCCCGGGAGCAGCCCUCCCCCCCACCAGGGCCGCUCCUCGGACAAGGGCCUUACUCCUUUUACCGACAGGAGCGGCCCCACAACCAAGGGGCCCCUCUAGGCCAAGGGAAGCCUGUUCCUACCCAGCAUCAGCCAGCAGCAGGGGGACCUACUCCGCCUCCACAGCCUGGCGUGCUGGCCCCUGGAGCUCCGGGGGAAGAUGAGGACGAGACUUGGCGUCAGCGCAGGAAGCAGUCCUCUACUGAGAUCUCAGCUGCGGUGGAGCGAGCUCGUCGGCGUCGUGAAGAGGAAGAACGUAGGAUGGAGGAGGAGAGACGAGCAGCUUGUGCUGAAAAGCUAAAGAGGUUGGAUGAGAAGCAGCAACAGCAGCAGGGCAGCAGCACAGGAAGUAGUGACAGAAAAACCCCCACCCUAGAUGGAAAUUCCACAGCUGCCACGGCAGGCAGCCCUAGUCCUUCUGUUUCAGCCUCCUCCUCCAACAUCAGCCAGCCUCCAUCCCCCUGUGUUGACCCAGAUGAGCCUCCAAUGCUGGCUGUCCAGACAGGACAAAGUCCUGGAGUCAGUGACCGACAGCGAGCCAGCAGCAAUAGUAGUUAUGACUCGAAUGCAGAUGCCCAGCCAUGUCCCCAGCCAGUGAUGCCACAGCCACAACAGCCGACAUUGGACGCGCCUCUGUCAGGAGAAACUAAGGAAGAGAACAUUGGGGGCUCUCACAUUCGUGCAGGAAGUGGGGGUGAAAGAGGAGCUGACCCUGUCAAAAUAGAGAAUAUUGGAGGGGGAACAGGUCGUCAAGCUGGUGGUCCUCCCGGCCAGGGUUACUCCAAGUACCAGAAGUCCCUUCCACCUCGAUUUCAGAGGCAGCAGCAAGAGCAGCUCCUGAAGCAGCAACAGCAGUGGCAACAGCAACAACAGCAGCAGCACAGCCAGGCGUCACAAAGCCAGCUGUCCCCACAGCCCCAGGCUCCACAGGGUCCUUCACCAGGUACAACUCCACAGCCAGGGCCUGGACCAAAGCAAGGUGGACCCCUGUAUCAACCAAGCAAUAUGGUGCGGCCUCCACCACUGCCAAUGAACUUUGAUCCUCGCUGGAUGAUGAUGCCCUACAUGGACCCUCGAAUGAUGCAGGGCCGGCCUCCCCCUAUGGAUUACUAUUCAGCUGGCAUGCAUCCAUCAGGACUUAUUGGGCGUGAGCGUUCUGAUUCAGGUGGAUCUGGUUCAGACCCCUUUGACAGGCAGCAACAGCAUCCAGGGCACCCUCACCGGGGUACCCCUCCUAUGGAUCCCAAGCUUGCCUGGGGUCCAGAAGUUUUCCCUGGUGGAGGGGAGGGCCGAGGGCUAACAUCCCCCCUCAGGCAGAAGCAAGCAAUGGAGGAAGAGGAUGGGACUAAAGGACCCAGGAGCGACACUCCUCCACACCGAAUGAGAGAAGGUGGAUUGGGACCCAUCCAGCAGCCCAGCUCUAGCUCUGGGACAACCAAUCAGACUCCACCUCCAGUCGGCACCCAAGUUGGCAGCCAAGGAAGUGGCCACCAUCCUCAUCACUACAUGAGUGGAAGAGGAAACUAUAGCAAUUUCCCUGAGCAGGGUGGGAGGAUGCUUCCACAUCAACAGCAGCAGAGGGCAGGUGAGCGGGGAAACCAGCCACACAGCUUCACCCACCAAGAUGAAGGGCCUCCUCGAGGAGCUCAACAAGGCCAGAUAUGGGGGGCCCCACACCCUCACUAUGAUCGCAAUGGUCGUGCAGAUCUCCCCUCUGUUGAGAGCAAUUCUCAUCAUCACCAUCAUCUUGGCCACCACCCUCAGCAACCUCACUUCAAUCUUCACCCUCAUAAACCAGAGAACAGCCGUGACAGGGUUGUUGAGGCCAAUGCUAAGAAGACAGACUCGUCUCCUCCAAUCCACCAACCUUCCCUAUCAUCAUCCUGCUCUUCCUCCUCCUCCUCCUCCACCAGAGAAGACGGAAAUGUCAAAGUUGCCCUGCAUCAUCACCCAUCGCAGAGAGAAGGUGAAGCCGGGGGCGGGCACACUGUUGGUGAAAGAAGCAGCAGUGGCAGUGCUAGCGGCACCAGCCAUGUAAAGCAGGAGAAAACAGGCCCUUCAAAUGCACUCCAUUCCUCUGUCCUAGCUACCCCAGCUUCCUCUCAACAUGGCAAUCAUGCUCAUCCUCAGCAGCAGCAUCACCAUCAUAAACCAAACCAAAGAGGAGGGCGAGAGCACAAGACAGAGACCCAGUGGGGCCCAAGGCCUGGCAGUAGCCACAUGGGUGGAGGGUCCUCUCAUGGUAAGAGGGCCAACAAUGCAGGAGGUGGGAACAACUCCCGUGGAGGUGACGACUCCUCCAACCCUCAAACGGACCACAAACCCUCCAACCAUUCAGGAGGUGGCAAUGCCAACAAGAGAGCUGGCCCCAUUAAGAAGCCAGUCCUGAAAGAGAUGAAGAAAGAUGGAGGGGAAGUUGAUGGAGGGGAAAAAACAAGUGCAAAUUUUGGGAAAGAUAAAGAACAAGAUGGGGCCCAAACCACUUCAGUGAAGCAGGAAGCCUCCUCUGUCUCCCAGAACACAUCAGCAUCAUCUAAGGAUGAGCCAGCUCAGACAGCCAAACCCAGGAAUGGAGCUAAAGAGAGAACAACCGGAGGAGCGUCAGGGAGAGGAUCAAAAGAUGUAGACACCAACUCCUCAAGGAGGGACAGGGACCGGUCGUUUGAAAGAGGAGGUGGUUCUGCCCACCACCAUGGAGUCCCAGCCAAAGGUGGUAGAGCAAGUCGUGGACGAGGAGGUGAGUUCUACGGGCGGGGUCGUGGUUACCGUGGCACCUAUACAGCCACAGCUGGUCCUGCUGGUGGUGGUCGUGGAAGAAUGGGGGGCAGAAGUGGCAGAGAUUACCGCUCAUCGGCUGCUGGUGGCCACCACCAUGAGUCCAAAGGUGAGGGGGGUGGCGGCAGGCAUGGCCAGGACCGUUCCCAGCAUAACCCAGCCAGGGCAAGGAACCGAAGUGAAACCCGCAGUGAGGGAUCUGAGUAUGAGGAGAUUCCUAAGAGAAGGAGGGAGAGGGGCUCAGAGACUGGAAGUGAGAGUGGUGCCAGUGACCUUGGUCACUCAGACAAAGAUGACAACCAGAAAUCCAACACCAAGAACGGCUCAGGCACCACCGGCAGUAGCACUGUGUCAUCUGCACCAACAAGAGGUUCCCAGGCCAGGGUUUUCACCCCUAGAGGUGUGCCCUCUAGAAGGGGCAGAGGUGGUGGUAGUGGAGGAGGAAACGUCUAUAGGAGCAGUGGCAAUGUUGGAGGACCACCUGGAGGACACAGAGUUGGACCGAACUCUGCCUCUCACGGUGGGCCCUCAAAGGCCUCAGCCUCAGCCCGGAAGCAACAUGGCCCGCCACAAACGUCUGGGUCCAAAGACUUGGGUAGGGGAGGAAAUGGAGGAGAGAAGAAAGACAAGACAGCUGAUGCAAGUCAACCUCAAAAUCAUGGGUCAAAUCCCCCCCAGGCAUCAUUGCCCACUGCAGCUCCCACCACUGUAGGCUCCACUGAAAAUGGAGUAGCUGUGGCCCAGCAAGCUUCAAACAACCCUACAUCAAACUCUGGAGGGCCAAAUGCGCUCCCUCUGCCUACUAACCGUGGGUUUCCUCCAGGUGGGUUUGAGCGACCACCUAGACGUAGGCGUCAUGGGCGUUCCCAGCAUCAGCAAGACAAGCCACCACGCUUCAGGCGACUGAAGGAGCGAGAGAAUGCUGCACGAAUCAAUGGAGGUGUGGGGGUCAUAGGAGGAGGACGUCCCUCCUCUCCCUCCCUGAAUUCAGUUCAGGACAGUAAUGGGGCCCCAGUCUCUGCUCCAAUGACAGGCAACACCCAGAAUGCUAACCACAAUACCACUGUAACUAACAACAAUAACAGUAGUGUUGGGCAUCUCAGCAAUGCAAACAGCCACCACCAUCACCACUACAACCAGGGCAGUGCUGGACAGCCCCACCCUCAGCACCACCACAGCCACGGAGCAAAGUCCCCUGACUUCACCAACCAGAACUCAGACCAGGCCAACGAGGAGUGGGAGACGGCCUCAGAGAGCAGCGACUUCACAGAGUUCAGAGAUAGAGAAGGCGGAGGAGGGAAGUCGUACUCUUCUCACCAUCCCCAUCACAUGGGAAGGGGUGGAGGGGGCGGUGGAGGAGGUGGAGGCGUGGUAGAGCGGGAUUUGACAGGAAAAGAGCCCUCCGCUAAUAAAAGAAGCUUCUCAAGCCAGCGCCCCGGUAUGGAGCGACAAAACCGGCGAGUCAACACUGGAGGAGCUGGAGGCGGAGGGGGAGGUAGAGGUCCACGAGGCCCACCCGGUGGUGGCUCUGGUGGUCCUGGUAACGGAGGUGGUGGCAAUCGAGGGGAGAAGCGUGGCAACUGGCCCUCCCCAAAAAAUAGGAAGUGAUGGAAUAUUAUGAACAUUUUCAGAUGACCCACCCCACCUACAUUUAGACCACCCUAUUCCAUCUUAAUCCCUUUUUGAUAAUUAUUUCAUGGCUUAUUAUUGGCAUCCCUAAACAUGCUAGUGUAUUGUACAGUAUAUGGAGAUGGUAUUCACAUUCACUUUAGCCCCUACCCCCAUCCACGUCAGUUCCUUCCCUCUGCAUCCAUCUGCUCUCUACCGUCCGUUAAUGUAAAUUUCUCUCCGUUUGUUCUGUCUUGCUCUCCGUUUAGUUGUGCCCCCUCCCCGCUUACCCCACCCCAUCCCACCCCACUCCCCCCCUUUUAAAAUCCCACCCCAGUUGGAAUUGAUAAGCAUGUGGUUCUGCAGUAGAGAUGCACGUGGUUUUGACAGACAUUUACACAGAGAUCCACACACACAUUUACAAGCACAAAUAUGACAUCUCUUUAAACAUUGAACACAUGCAGUCAUGUGGGUGAAAAUAGAGAAACGAGGGAGUACAUUAGCGAAAACAUGUUUGGAUCGGGCUAAUUUUUAUAUUUAUGUACCUGUGAAUAUUUCUACCACACUUUGGCCUUGGGUGGUAUGCAGUAGUGCAGAUCUGCAUUACAUCCCUCACAAAGGGAAAGAAUGCAGCUUCAUCUUUUAACAAGAACAAUGUAACAUAAGAUGUUUUGUUUCUUUGUUUUUGGCCUCCUGUUAGUUUAGUUUGAACCUUUGGGCAGUGUUAGGGGGUGUGUAUUUUUUCUUCUAAAGGCAGGUCAUUAAAACACCUUUUUACUAAAUUCUCCAACUCUGCUGACUUUUUGGUCUCCUUCAAAGUAUGUCUGAUUACUGUGAUAAAGUACUACUGCUCAGUGCUCACUUACCCUCAUUUCCAUUGAUUUGUCUAAUAUCUAUGUUUCUGCUGCUUGUUCAGGUUGACGAUGUGACCUUUUUUUUUUCCUGUGUUUUUGACCUGCUUUUAAAUUACAUUUGCAAUCAAGAUGUUCAUUUUUUUAAGAGAUAAAGGCUUUUUUAGCCUUCUGGACACUGCAGAAAUCCAAGUCGCCCACAAGGAUAGAUUUCUCCCAUUCUUUCAUGAGCUUUGUUUAUCCCAUUAAGACUAUCAAUGGCGUUAUUUCAACUACUUGGAAACACUCUUCCUCCUUCAAGGUAAAAAACCUAUCAGUCUUGUAUGGGGGAAUGAGAUAAUGAAAACAUGAUAGGUCAUGGUGGAUGAUAAGAAAAAUGUUUGCUUAAUAGGUGAUCGAAAAUGUUCUAAUAAGCACUCCUUGUAGUAUAAAAAUCCCUUUUUUUUCUUUUGUGUUGUAUGUUUUUUGGGCAAGUUACAUGUAAUGCAACAGGACAGGUACUCUGUCUGGGCCCAGAGUACAGAGCUAGGCCGAGUAUUGUACUAUGACACAACCCUGUUAUUUCUCUCUGUGCUCUUGUGGAGACCCCUCACACAUCAAAGGACUGCUACCAAGAGCUCCAUGUCAGAGGAAGUAUUUUUUAAAGUGUGAAUUCUUAGGAUGGAUGGUGGUUUUCAGGCAACAGAGUAGCCCCACACAAAUUGAAUUCAGGACAAUGCCGAAGCGGUGGCGAAACGAGCCGCCUACUCGGCUAAACACACGGUUUCUGCUUGCAACAAAUAAUGCUGACCUGGAGUGUUGCAGGAAUGUUGGAUUGAUUUAGGAUUACACUUGUAAAACAUAGUUUGUAUCACACAAAAAAGACAAAAAAUGGCACAGAGCUUG